ACAACGCGCGUUCGAACCGUGCACGAAUCAAUCAUUUGAAUACAGAGCAUGUGUUUUACCGGGCAUGAAAACGCUGGCACAUCAGAUGUGAUCAACGUCGACACCCCCGACCACCCCAGACUGCUCUACCGAUAUUAAGUUGUGCGCGUGAUCCGCAGUUGACCUCACGACAGGCAUUUGUUUAAAAUUUUCGUUUUGUUUUUAUUUUUAUUGCGACAACUACUGUUUAUAGUAGUAUCAUCAUUAUUUAUGUACUUCGUCUUCUGGUUGGAAGUGGUGCAUCCGGGAUCAGUUGUUCGUUUGAAGUGGUGACGAUGAGGCAGUUUGUUUGUGGUUUACGAAUGUUCUGAAUACACGUCGAUCUUCAAUGCUUCUGAUGCCUAACACGAGUGGUAGUUCAACACGGGGAGGUCCUCCGAGGCCUUAUAGCUCGCUGAUGCCGGAGAUAGAUCGGCAACUGUUGCCGCCGUCGGCGAUGCUGGCCGCCACGCACCCUCUCCGGCCACCCCUCAACUGGGCUUCGGUGGCGUCCUGGUUCUUCAGACCCGAGUCUUCGCCGCUCACGACGACGAUGGCCAACAGCUUGGAGCAGGCCGCCUGCUCACGACCACCCUCCAACAUCUUAAUACCAACUACCUCCACCGUAACCAAACCUCCUAGUCCCGGACCUCAUACGCGCGAAAGAGUCUUCCAACCACCGACCAUAUGCACGGCGAUCCGAUGCACGGUUCCGGGCUGUAACUGCGAGUGCUUCAUGCCAGGGAAACGACACCUCAGAUACUGCGAGACCUGCAAGCACGGCUGGGUGCCUCACGCACUGGACAAGUUGGGAACGCGACAUCUCUUCACCAACAGUGCUCCUGAACCAGUGCAACCCAACGCGGCAUUUGACAUCGCAAGUUUGGUCCUAUAUGGAUGUCAAGCGCUGCCGAUCCGAUUGAAGAUACUCCUAGAUAGACUGUUUUCUGUGCUCCAGAAGGAACAAGUGCUUCAAGUGUUGCAUGGAUUCGGCUGGACACCGGAAGAUUACGCACGCGGAUACAUCCUUCAGGAGUCGCACGGCAGCUCAUUGGACAGAUGGAGCAUCUGCAGUCCUGAAGAGGAGCCAUUGGUUCUUCAGCAGUUUCUAAGAUUCGGCGAGACGAGGGCCAUCACCCAGCAACUGCUUCUUGCACAACAGGUGCUUCAGGAACCAACGCUGGAGCGCCUAGAGAGGCUAUCAUCGCCGAACUCGCGUCGGGCUAUGUCACCCAGCCGUCGCCCUUCGUCACCAACUAUUCCAUCUGCUUUCCACCCUUCUCGUUUACCAACCAUGUCACCUCACCAGAAGCAUCCUCUCAGUUUCUUGAAGCUACCCCCGACGAACGGUCCAGUCACAACUUCCCCUUCGAGGAGCAUGACUUCCAGCCCGCUGAACACAUCACCAUUGAAUAGGCUCCAGAACAUGCAACCAUUCGACUUUCGCAAACUUGGUGCCGGACUAGGCACUUUUCCAACUAGAUUAAGUCCAGAUCUCUCCAGUCGUCGGCGAACAUCAGAAAGCGAUCAACCUGUUGGCCUAAAUCUCACUAUGUCUACCUCUCUUCCAACGUGCUUGCCUCCUCCACCUCCACCCCCAAUCUCAUCAUCUUUAAACCACUCUGCAGCCGCAAUGGCCGCCGCCGUAUCCGUCAACUCAUUGGCAGCUGCCAGUCUGGUAGCGUCUUCUUUCCCUGGAUUAAUAAACACGAAGAUGGCGACCGGUAGCAGAUCACCAUCUACUUCUGACUUACUCAGCAACAGCGGCCACACUGAUUUCGCUUCCGAAGAGGACGAGGACAUGGACGAGAACUCGCACAGCGUUUUGAAUUUAAGCCGCGACAAAGAUGUAUUGAAGCCACCAAAGCAUACACGUUCCGUACCCGGACGAAAAUCCACAACACCCACUAAAAGGCAUUGGGGUUCGCCGAAUCUACCUCUGAACCUGGGAACGCAAUUCAUCAACCCGGCGACAGGCAAGAAGAGAGUACAGUGCAAUGUGUGUUUGAAAACGUUCUGUGACAAAGGGGCACUCAAGAUCCACUUCUCCGCCGUACACCUACGCGAGAUGCACAAAUGCACGGUGGAAGGAUGCAACAUGAUGUUCAGCUCGAGGAGGUCGAGAAACAGGCACAGCGCAAAUCCAAACCCGAAACUACAUUCCCCGCAUCUACGCAGAAAAAUUUCCCCGCACGAUGGCAGAAGCGCCCAAGCACACCCAAUUUUAAUCCCACCGCAACCGGGACUUACCCUUCCCGCUGCUGCAGCUGCUCUCAAUCCCCUGAACCCGUUCAGUCCUUUCCCGUUGUUAACACCGCCCCCAGACAUGAGACACCACUCCGCCCUUGCCACCAUGGACUUCAAACAUAGUUUAGACCUCAGCGUCCAGAGGCAUUUCGAGGAUAGAAACAAUUCAUCCGACUACAACUCGAUGCCUCUUUCCAUCAGUCAUCACGAGGACGAAGAAGACGACGACGAUGAUGGUAUUGUGGUAGUUGGCGGCGACGAAGAUGAAGAACCUGAAAAAGCGGAUACGUCUAACGGAAUAUCCGAUCAACCGGAAGAUUUCAGCAUGCCAUCGAAACGACUGAAGAUGUCCAUUUCAGAUGCGGAUGAAGAUAUUGUUAGUAAUGUGGAUAGCAAUGAGGAUUCGUUGAGUGUGGUGGACACCCACAGCUUGAAGGACGAGUGCAGUUUACCUACGAACAAGAGAAAGCGAAAGAGCCAGAAUCCCACGCGCUGUACGAUUCCCAUGAUGAUGGACGAUACGGUAUCCGACGGUGAGUCGUCGAACGACGUCUUCGCCGAUCCCAUCCAACCGAAGAAAGAGCGAGAACUCGAGGUCGUAAUCAAGCAGGAGGAAGUGAAAUCGACCGAUUCAAAAAACGGGAAACCCGCUAGCCCAAAAUGUGAGUCCCCUUUGGAUCUAGGCAAACGCAGCAGUGUUCCGGAUGUUAAUGCGAACGAACCGGAAAAAAGCGAGAUCAAGACCAGCCUAGCGCCACUGUUCAUGUUGGACAAAGUGAAGAAGGAAAAGCAUACCAGUGAAAUGGAAAUGGCCGAGGAGCCGGAAGAGAGGCCUGCCAGUUCCGUGGAGAGCAAUAAGAGCGACGAAUCCUUCGACUGCUCCAACGCUCUUCGUCAUUUGGAGAGCUUGUCGCACGGACACUUUGGUGAUUUAAUGAGCAGAGGACUACAUUUGGGGCUAGCGGGACAGAGCCCACAGUUUCCACCUUUGGGGUUUAUGAUGGGUGGUGGCCCACCGAGCCCUGCCAGGUCGCAGGCAUCUUCGGCGGGCAGUUCGAAUGGUGGAGAAUCGCCGGACGAAAAUAGCCAGAACCAAUUGUUCGGUCACUUCGAUAACGGUCAAUUCAUCAGCACCAUGGAUGUGCCGAUCGAUAAGGAUAAUCCCAGGCGGUGCACGGCGUGCGGAAAAAUAUUUCAAAACCACUUCGGCGUGAAAACGCAUUAUCAAAAUGUGCAUUUGAAACUGAUGCACAAAUGUAACGUAGACGGCUGCAAUGCGGCGUUCCCAUCGAAGAGGAGUCGCGACAGACACAGUGCCAACCUGAACCUCCACCGGAAGUUGUUGUCCACAUCAUCUGAGAAGUCUGCAGCCAGUCUGUUCAUGGAUAAGUCUCCGUUCGCUUCGCUGGCCGGUCAUCCGGCGUUGCAUAAUGACCUCUUUGCCAGAUUAUACGCGGAGGAGGCGUUCAAAGGGCAUAGCCAUUUGCAUUCGCCUGCCACCCUCGAACAGCUGAUGCUGAAUGGCGACAGGCUGCCGCCGCCCCCGCUCUUGCUGCCGCCCUUGGCCGGCCUCCCGUUCCCGCUGGGGAGCUUCACCCCCUUCACCCAAAUGAACGGAUCCUCUGUAUCCAGCCGCAAGGACAGAUCUUCUAGUUCCAAUUCGCCGCUGUCGACGUCGUCACCGCCGCCAACGCUGCCGCCCACAAUCUCCUCCCCCGGCUUAGUGCACUGCGUCGAGGAGGAUAUUCCGUCUCUGGACAAGGACGGCAACCUGCCCUGUCGGAUGUGCAGGUCGAGUUUCAGUGGCGUGUCUCAAUUAAAGGAGCACUGUGAAAAGCAUCACCUAUUCGAGAUGCAUAAAUGUACUGUAAAUGGUUGCCCCAAGGUGUUUCUAUCGAAGACCAAGCGUAACAUACACGCCGAGAAUGAAUCACUGCAUCAAGAUAUCAUUAGAAAAGGAUUCGAAAGUACAGUUUCGUGACCGUUCUUGGACUCUAGAGUACCUUUAUGGUGGUGAUCCUCACACACAAACACACACAAAAACAAUCACACACACAUUUACACCGACACAAACACUCACAUAACAAGAAAAGAACAAAAAAAACUUAUUUAAUCUUUAGAUAGUUUUGAUAUAUGUGAUUUAUUGUAUAUUAUCCUUUAUAUAGUUUAAAUUCUUUUUAUGCCAGUUAUAUCUUUACCUAUUUAUUAUGCUUGUAAUAUAAACAAACAUACACAGACAACACAUACACACAUGUAUAUGUGUAUAUAUAUACAUAUUGAUUGAGGAUAUACAA